UGGCAAAAUCAACUCCUCGAGCAAUCGUAUCUACUUAUUAUCAGCGUCAGAGCAAUUCAACCCCGGAUUAUGUGUUGAACUCCGCCCACCUACCUAUAACCGUAGACGAGCUUGUAUCGACAGAUUCACUUAUUUACGCAUCAUGUUAUUCUAUCAUAUAUAUUACGACCGCGUAUAUGAUGACAAGUCCAUAAUAUUAUCGUGAGUGUCAUACAUUUUAAAGCGCUAGUAGAUUUUCGACGAUUUAUUAUUUUUUUUAUCCAAACGCCCAAUGUGGUCUUAUUUGAAUCGUCAAGAAUUUUCAAUACAGUAAAUCAGUAGACGCAAUUUUUGGUAGUGUACGAGUAUUUAAUUUCAUAUAACCGGGCAUCGUUCGCCGUAUACAAUAUCGGUGUUUAUUCUCACCGGCUGUCAUCCUGACAUAAAGAAAUUCCUUGGCGGUAUACAUACAUUAUUUAAAUACAACCGCGUAAAAUAUAGUCCAAAGGAACGAUCGUUGAAAGUGCUGAGAACAAAUAAUUUAUAAUAUUAUUAUAAAAAUCAGAAUGUCGAUCACGAUCUCCGUCGGAUUGCUCGCGAUACUGUUAGCCAUCCGAUCAUCCGAUGGGCAAUUCGAACCCACAGCCGCUGUCGCUGAUGGUCUGCCGGGACCGUGGAUAUCCGAGCUGUUUUACCAGGCACUCGCCAACUUCACCGUUCGGAACGUCGGCAACUCCGCUUGUCGAAUCCAAUCUGACUUGUACGACAGACAUUUGCGGAACCACACCAGUUGGGCGGUCAGAAUGGCAGAGUCCUGGGACCGAUAUCCGAUCGGCAUACUAGCGGGCAACACAUACCACAUGGGAAAUUACGACGAAUGCGUGGACGUACGUUAUCCAGUGAUUGGACAAUAUUGUUUGUCUGAAAUAAAACUAAUACCUCCGACGGGUAGAGAUUACAAUUUCAACAGAACGGAAGAUCUAGACGAUUUCGGCAACAAAAAUGCGUGGAAAACAGUACUCGGAUGGGGCAAUUAUCCUGACCAAGUGCAACGAAACAGUUUGAAUUUAGGAAUAUGUAUUCCAAAUUCUUGUUCGGCAUUAGAUCUACAAACAUCGUUGCAAAACAAACUAGACGCAGUAUUUGCGCCAGAGGAAUUCAAAACCGUCGUAAGAGUAGACCCGAUUAUGUGCACUGUCAAAGGAGACAUGUAUCCUCACGACACGCCGUACUACUUGACCAGCACGUUAUUUUUACUGAUAUUUUUGAUUUGUUGCGGCACAACCUUCUACCAUUUUAUUAGAAUAUUAAACUGUACAAAUUCAAAAGAAACCAGUGAAGGUUUAAAUUCAUUUUGCAAAAUAUUUUCUUUUAUUGAAUCAAUCAAAGCAUUGUUAAAAUACGAUAAAGACAACGAACUGAACGCAUUGUAUGGUUUUAAAGUUUUAACGAUGUUGGCCGUUUUAUUGGGUCACAGAUUAUUUUAUUUGUUAGGUAAUCCUAUGAGUAACCCCAAACUUGUCGAAAGUAUAUAUCUCAGCGGGCCAAAUAUUAUAUUGACUAGUACGAAUUUGGUUGAUCCAUUUUUUUUCAUGAGUGGUAUCCUAAUGCAGCUAACUAUUUAUAAGUCAUGUCAAAAAGUAAAAUCCGGAUCGGUUUUGAAAAAAAUCACAUCGCCUAUUAUCCACCGAAUUUCCAAAAUGUUACCGGCGUAUUGCGCAAUGAUGGCAAUCACUGCGCAUAUCGUACCCCACCUAGGAGAUGGACCGCUGUGGCCACAGAAAACAUGGAACGAAGCAGAAAUUUGCAAAAAUUAUUGGUGGACCAAUCUGUUGUUCAUAAGCAAUUUAGUCGAUAUUAAAUAUGAAUGUCUCAUAGUAAGCUGGUACGUGUCAUGUGACGUUCAGUUUUUUAUAAUUGGAGUCAUAAUCCUUUACGUUUACACUAAGAAUACCAAAUACGGAAUCGGAUUACUCGGUACAAUACUGAGUUUAUCGGUAACCAUACCGUUUCUAGUAACGAUUUUGUCGAGAAUAGACGGAAUAGAUAAAAUGCAGCUUCCAUUUUUAGAAAAUUUAAGAAUUUUCAUAUCUUUAAAUAAGUCAUAUAGAUUGAGUUACAUGCGAGCAACUCCUUUUUUCUGUGGUUUAGCCGCGGGCUUUAUCGUGGACAAGUUGAGGAAAAAUAAAUUUAAAUUUUCACAAAUGACAGUAUACUCCGGAACAUUCGUUGUUUUCAUGAUUUGUAUUUGUGUUCAGCUUUACGGUGCCAGAUUCUACACUCGACAGAUACCUUAUUAUCCCUUGGAACAUGCUUUAUACUCAAUUAUCAGUCAUUGUACGUGGACGGUACCAAGUAUGUGGGUUGCCGUUUGCCACUUAACGUCUGGAUAUGGACCCCUUACAAUCUUAUUUAACAAUAAACUAACUGUGAUUUUGGGAAGACUCUCGUACUCUGUUUUUUUGGUGAAUCUCACUGUCAUGAUGAUGUCACAAAGUUCACAAAGAAUGCCAGUUUACUUCUCGGCAAAAUCAGUGAUCGAUGCUUGGAUCUAUGAUACAGUUAAGAGUUAUCUGAUGGGCUUAGCGUUAUACUUGGUUGUCGAAGUGCCGUUUGCUAAACUGAUUAAACCAUGGAUUUAACAAGAAUAAACAUUAUAAUCGUUUUAUCAUGUUUAAAUAAAUCAGUUCGUGGUUUAGAAGAGUACCUAUGAUCGCAUUUUUCAAUGGAGCACUACAUUGAAAAUCUCAUCAUAAAUACUGAGCCUUUGAAGGAAAAAUAUACAUUUAAUUUAUAACAACUGUAGUUAAGUGUUAUUAAAAAAAAUAAUUGAUUACUUACAGCUAGUGUUUACAUUGUACACUGCAUGUUUAUUUAUUUUUUUGUUAACCACUUUUUUAAGUUGGUUUGACCUAAACUAUUAUUUGUAUAAUUUUAUUUUAUUUAAAAUAUUUUGUUUUCUAUCAUUAAUUUAAAUAAAUUAUCAUAUAAUAUGUAUAAUAAAAAUUGAUCAUAUAGUAUAUGAUACAUAUUAUGUACACA